GCGCGCUGCAUUGUGGGGUGGCGGCGGCAGUGGCGGCGACGCUGGGCCGGAAGCCUGAGCGUUCGCGGGGCCGAGGCCAUGGCUUUCUGGGCCGGGGGUUCGCCCAGCAUCGUGGACUAUUUCCCCAGCGAGGACUUCUACCGCUGUGGUUACUGCAAGAACGAGUUGGGCAGCCGCUCCAAUGGCAUGUGGGCACAUUCCAUGACAGUACAGGAUUAUCAGGAUCUCAUAGACCGAGGAUGGCGAAGAAGUGGAAAAUAUGUGUACAAACCUGUCAUGAAUCAAACUUGUUGUCCUCAGUACACAAUAAGGUGCCGACCUUUACAGUUUCAGCCUUCAAAAUCUCACAAGAAGGUUUUGAAAAAAAUGUUGAAAUUUCUGGCUAAAGGGGAGAUUCCCAAAGGAAGUUGUAAGGAUGAGCCCAUGGAUUCCACAGUGGAUGAUGCUGUUGCGGGUGACUUUGCAUUGAUAAAUAAAUUGGAUAUACAGUGUGAUCUUAAAACGCUCAGUGAUGACCUCAAAGAGAGUUUAGAGAGUGAAGGAAAAAACUCCAAGAAAGAAGAACCUCAUGAGUUACUUCAGUCACAAGAUUUCGCAGGAGAGAAGUUGGGCUCCGGUGAACCAUCACAUUCAGUUAAAGUUCACACAGUUCCUAAGCCAGGCAAAGGGGCUGAUUUGAGUAAGCCUCCCUGUCGAAAAGCAAAGGAGAUCCGGAAAGAAAGGAGAAGGUUAAAACUCCUGCAGCAGAACCCAGCUGGAGGACAGGACGGGUUCCAGGCUCAAGGGCAGCCGCCAUCUUUGUUUCCAGCAAAGGCUAACUCCAACCAGCCCAAAGCACUUGAAGAUUUAAUUUUUGAAUCUUUACCAGAGAACGCAUCACACAAGUUAGAGGUGAGGUUAGUACCUGUCUCCUUUGAGGACCCAGAGUUCAAGUCGUCCUUCAGCCAGUCCUUUUCUUUGUAUGUCAAGUAUCAAGUGGCCAUACACCAGGAUCCGCCUGAUGAAUGUGGGAAGACUGAGUUCACAAGAUUCCUCUGCACUUCACCUUUAGAGGCAGAGACUCCCCCUAAUGGGCCAGAUUGUGGCUAUGGCUCGUUUCACCAGCAGUACUGGCUUGACGGAAAGAUCAUUGCUGUGGGGGUGAUUGACAUCCUCCCAAACUGUGUAUCAUCUGUGUAUUUGUACUAUGAUCCUGAUUAUUCGUUUUUGUCUUUGGGCGUCUACUCUGCACUACGAGAAAUUGCUUUUACUCGACAACUCCACGAGAAAACUUCUCAGCUCAGCUAUUAUUAUAUGGGUUUCUACAUUCAUUCAUGUCCCAAGAUGAAAUAUAAGGGUCAGUAUAGACCUUCUGAUUUGCUGUGCCCUGAGACAUAUGUUUGGGUGCCCAUUGAGCAAUGCCUGCCUUCACUUGAAAACUCCAAGUACUGCCGUUUCAACCAGGACCCAGAAGCAGUGGAUGAAGAUCGCAGUACAGAACCUGAUCGAUUGCAGGUGUUUCACAAGAGAGCCAUUAUGCCUUACGGUGUUUAUAAGAAACAUCAGAAAGACCCAAGUGAGGAGGCCGCCGUUCUGCAGUAUGCAAGCCUGGUGGGGCAGAAGUGUUCCGAGCGGAUGCUGCUGCUCAGACACUGACCUGUCGCCUCUGCUGCAGAGGUCCUGUGUUGUGCCGGUGAUUUGUGCCUGGAAAUAUAUUCAUUACCUGUGGGGAAAUAACUGUCACCACCCACAAAUCAAACAUUUUUUAUUUUGACUAUCUAUGGCUUUUAAAAAAUAUUUUGUGGCAAUGUAUCUGUGAGAAUCUCAUGGUUAAUAUAAAGAUUUUAAGACUGUGUUGUGACCUAGCCCCCAUAACUGGGGUUUAUCAUUUUGGAGGUUUCUUCCCAGAGCAAGGUAUGCUCAAAUUCUCCUGUUUAUAUUUUGUAAAAUGAAGAAGUGAAUCUAAGUAACUGAAUCACAGUCGUGUGUUUUUUUGGUUCUGUUAGAGAAAUUAAAACAGACUGUUUCCUCAGGCCCAUUUCAACCCUUAGCUUGUGCUAGGAAACCUAACGUAUGAGGAAGGUGGAAAGUUCGUUUCAUCACUUAGAAAAUAUGUCUUCUCAAGAACAGAACUGUGUGCGGUUACUCAGUGUUCAAUAGUAAAUUUCUGCCAAAUGUUAGGUAGUUUAAUAGAGAACUUGAAAAUAAAACAUUAAAAAGGGUCUUGUGUUAGCAUCAGGUGUCAUUUGUUCAGGACAGUCCUGUUCAUGUCAGUUGUCUUGGCAUGGUUUCUUCCCCCUAGAAUGUAGUACCCGCUUUUACUCUAAAAAACUCCCACUUGGGACAAUAAAAUACCAAAUUGCUGUAGCUACAGUAUUUGCUUUAUCGCUAAAAAUGUAAGAAAUUGAAUUAUUUGAAGAAAAAUGUUGGUUUCUGUCUUGAUCUAAGCCUCAUCCAAAGGAAAUAGGCACUGAUUUUUUAUCUUGCAACUCAUGACAUUUGUCUUCGGUUAUUAGUGGAAAUUAGUUAAUAUGUGAUUACUUUCAUAGUUAUGCCACAAAUUACAUUUAAGAAGGAAUCGUUCUGACCUCUGUUCCAGGACAAGAGCUAGAACAAUCCUUUUCUUGCCCUUUGAUUUGAGAGUCAGGGUCAGGGUGGCUUCUACUACGCUUAGUAACUCAGAGCAGAAGCCAGCUCCUUCCUUCCCUCUCUCUUUUGUUGAGUCCUUUGCCCACCUUCUAAGGUGGCAGGCACUGUGUUAGGUACAGGAGGAGAAUCGGACAUGUCCAUUCCUUAGCUAUAGUCGAACUGUCUGGGAAACAGGAUGAGGGACAGGGGAGGGUUAUUUCCUUGUGCCCUCUUCAUCCGCUGAUCCCCUCUUCUGCUUCCAGCUGUUUGGCCAGCAAGCCCUUUUUCGUCCCCAUUUUGCCCAUUUUUCUGUUUUGAUUCUUCCUUUUUUAAAAGCCGCAUUAUAAAACACAGUAGUGUGAAUCCCACUGCUGCUUUUAAACUUUUCUCUAAAAUGUACUGAAUUUCGACCGAACAUUAAUUAGAAAAUACCCUCAGCUUACUAGAAUAAAAAGGAUCAUAUGACAGUGAUUUUAAGAAUGAAAUCUCUAGAAACUCAACAUCCUUGUCAGCCGUAUUUCUUCGUUCAGAGUGUGUAUGUCACAGCUGCUGGGUGCCGAGUACUUUGCUAACUGAGCUACAGUAGUGAGCAAAGCCAUUUUCUCUGACCACAAGAUUUUACAUUUUUCUGGGAUUUUGACCUGCAAGAUAGUCUCUUAAGAGUCUUUGAGAGACUCUUACUUGGAACUGCCUUCAGAAUCUGUAGAGCUUUUGUUUCUUUUUCCUCUAAAAUGAAAAGAGCUUCAUUUUAUGAUUAUUUCAUAACAAAAGUGAUACUCAGUGUAAGCAGUUAGAACAUUAAGAAGAAGUAUAAAUAAAAAGUUAAAAAAACACUAAAAUCCAUUAUACUCAGAAGAAGAAAAGAACUGUUAUGUAUGUGUACACACAUACCUAUGUAAUUUUAAUAUAAAUAGAAUUAUCUUCUACAUGCUGUUUUAUUUCCUCAACAGUAAAUUAUGGACAUGUCUGAAAUUUGAAAUAAAUUUCAAAAUAAGGCUUCCGAAGUGUGGUAAGUAGUCUCAGCAUUAUUAAAAUAAGCAGGGUGGGGCCCGUACUUGGCCCCCUUAGCGUUUGGAUGUCCAAGCUGAUGUCACCAGCUGCGUCUUCCCUCUUUUUGUGUUUGUGAUUAGCAUGUGAAACGGUAUUCAUAAAGAUCACGACUCUUGCAUAUCAAAUGAAGAGAAAACUUGACUUCAGCGUCUUACCCGAACUCUGGUUUCUUCCUGCAAAAUUCAUUUUUAGAGGAAAAUGAUUCCUGUCUGUAAAUCACUGUGCUUUCCCUGAGGGUGGCAUUGUAGGCUGGCUCCAGCAAAGCCUCAGAGUGACUUGGACGUGGAGAUCCUUCUGCUUGGCCGCUCUAUAUGUUUGUUUGUUUGUUUGAGAGUAGUGUAUCGAUCCCAGCAGUCAAAGUGUCUUAAAAGGACACCUCUUGGUCCUUUUGAGCCCCAGGUGGGUGACUAUUGAUAGUGGGCUAAAACAGCACAGUCAAGGAAAGUGACCCGGACUUGUUACUUGCCAGGCAGUCUAGCUGAGAGAUCCGAUUUCAUGUUCAUGGCUUUCAUAGAGAGACACAAGAACUUUGCAAAUUGCAGACAGUUUCUAUCUUUCUAAUGCAGGAAGCUUUGCAUUUGCGAUCUUAGUAUUGUGUCCCCUUCUGAUUUCAAAUACAUUCACACCUACCUUCCUGUUUGGGGAUCAAAGAUGUAAUUUUGAUUCCCCAUGGUACCAUCUUUAUUUAAAUUAUUUCUGUUCUAAGAGAUUUUUGUUAUUUUUUUAAAUGUAAUCUGAGCACUUUUUUUGUAUUCUAAAAGAUAGAAGCUAUCAGAGAAAUAUAUUGUUCAUUUGAUUAAAAUUAUUUAGAUAAGAAAUAUUACUAUGUUCACUCUUAAAUAGCUUUAUCCUAUUUUCUGUUCAUUUUGUAAAUAUUUGUUGUGUGUAGUUUCUUAACGUGUCAGAAUCUAUUAUGUAAAAGAACCUUUUCAGCUUUCUGGACAGUAUAUGGUUUGAUUUCAUAGGCUUUAUAUUAUUUGAGUAUGAAUAAAGACGAGAAGGCGUAUGAUGAACAGUUAACUAAAAUGUAUCUGUCAUUGCUAACUUGAAGUAGAAACAGUUGGAAAAUGUUUGGAUUAGAAGUUAUUCAAGUGCACAUUCUUUUCUGAAAGGAAACCAGUGACUAUAAGGCAAAGCAAGUCUGAUUGCAUGUGGUGUUUUUUGCUCUUGUACAUGCUUUUUGAACAAGCUAUUUGAUAAAGCUUGAAUGGAAAAAAUAAAGCUGUUUGUAUCUGCA